AUGAGUGGAAAUUUGCGACCGUCGAAAUCGCCGUUACAAACCAGCCCUUACGUGUGCACUAGGAAAAGGAAGAUGCAUGGUAGUAGACGAAGUUCGGUGGACACAUGCUCUACGGAGGCAUCAUCUAAGCAUGUGAUGGCGGAAAAGAAGACCAAAGCAAGGCACUCUAUGCCUGCGCUACCCUCCACACCCUCAGCAUCGUACCUCUUAUCUAGCGGAGCCAAUUGGGAACACCGGGCACAGGAGUCGCCCCGUCUAUUGACUAUCAGCACAGACCAUUCCACAGAUUUCAGCCUUAUCAGUCUUGACCCUCCUAUCACCCAAGCAGUCCUGAGCGAAAUAGACAUUCCACGACUCAAACACGAUUUGGUCUUUAGGCACCACCUCAACUUUGACCCUAAAAUUGCAUUCCGACUUAAUACACAAGGGCCGCAAGCUGAAGGAAGACGAGAGCGGGCAGUCGAAUAUUGGCGCGCUAUAGCAACAGAGAUCGCAUUGUGGUCAGCGCAUGGCCAGAGCAUUGCUGCUUGCCCUUUAAGUCGAACUUCGUGCACAUCGUUGCCUCGGCCGAGACCCAGAAGCUUUCCUCAAGGGACGGCUCUAAGGCUUCCUCGAUUGUUUGGAGCUGUACGAGACAUAUUGAAGCAUUCAUUUCCUUCUAGAGAGUGGCCCGCAAUAGAUGCACGUCUCGAUGUCAAGUUCCUGAUGCAGCAACUAGAGCGUGGAAUAUGCGAUUUCACGGCCCUCAGUGAUUGGCUUGGCAACUUCUUGAGGCACUUUUGUUCACCAACGCGAGAUCGUCUACUGCAUACAAUGACCUCAGCAAUACGCUUGGGCGUAGAGAACGCAGAGACAGACAGCAUCAUCCACGGUCUUAUUACCAUACUCGAACUCUUGCAAGGAAUGAAUCUGGACGCUACCAAUCAUUCAAUAAGAAGGUUGCGCUUGGCUUGGGUAGAAGACACAAUCGCGUUCGAGCAGAACGCCUUCCUUGGACGAAUAGCAGAUGGAUGGGAUGUUAUAGGGGCCUGGACUUGGUUCAAGAAUCUUCAAGAAGCAGAUGAAGAAUCCGGUUCAGGAUUGUGGGUUCUUGUGAAGGCCCUUACAGACGCUGUUGUUUUCUAUCACAAGAAUUUCCCUUCCACCUUAAGUCUCGACUACAACCGCCUUCGGACAGUGCAGUUGAAUUUUCAAGCUUUGGUUUACCAAGCGGCAUGCCGACGGACCUUGGAUGAAACACUACAGUUCCUCGGCUGGACGGGUAAGAUAUUACCAAGGUCAUAUGCCGAAUUGUUCCUCAGGGUGGCCGACUUGAUAUCGGACCAAGGACUGCACUAUGAUUACUGGCAAAAGAGGGGUCCUGUAGCUCUGGAGGUUGUCAGAGCGGCAUACGAGGUUUGCGGCAAUCGCGAGCUGCCUGCGUCCGAACACCUGGAGUUUGCAGAGACCUGUCUACGCCAUUGUUGCGACCCGAAAAAGCCUGUCUUCGGAGCCCUGCGGAGUUCUCUCGCUCGAGCACUGAAAGACAAAGUCGACGACGAAGUGUGCGCGAUAGACGAUCUCACCCCUGUACAGCUCAUGAGGCGCCUAGUCCCCCAGAAACCGGGCUUUGCCGUUCAGAGUGAGAAUGAGGGCUUGGUCCAUAUUGCUAAGCGUAUAUCGCACAUUGCCGAGCUUCACUGGCGGAUUUGGGGACCCAUACUUUACGAGCAGCCUAUGCGCGUUGGAAACAGCUCCUUGGACCAUACGUCUCUCGUCGAAGACGCUCUACAUGGCCAGGGAAGCUCGCCUUCCCGCAGGACCGACGAGUUUGGAGAGUUGCCGAGGAACACCGGUCUGAGCUGA